AUGAGCCCACGACGCUCCUCUCGUGCCCGCUCCUCGCAACUACCUCCUGCUGGCCUCAACCACACAAACUCCAACAUGUCCAACCCUUCGAGACCAGAGCGAGACCCUCGCGCAACUAACCGUACCAACUCCCCGAGAAGACCGUCGACCCAAAGAUCCGAUUCAGUCGAUGGCGCCGACUCUACCCCUCAAGGGGAGCAACUCCCACCACGUCGCAGUCGACGUAACGGCGUCGAGAAGGAACCUGCCGGCAAGCGACAGCAAGAUGAAGAAGAAAGUGCACUUGAUCCUGACCCUGUCGAAGAGGAGGUGACUCGUUGUAUUUGUGGGCAGGCCGAAUAUCCUGGCCCCUCGGCCGCCACACGACAGCAACAACCCAACCCGGAAGCCCUCAGUGACGACACCGGCAACUUCUUUGUUCAAUGCGACAAUUGUGGGGUUUGGCAGCAUGGUGGCUGUAUGGGCUUGCUGGAUGAGUCCAUGCUACCCGACGAGUAUUACUGUGAGCUGUGCAAGCCAGAAUAUCACAAGGUCACAAAGUCUCCCAGUGGCCUGAAAUCUUCUCGCUACCUUCCAGUCCUUGACCACUCCUCUAUACUACCCUCUCCUUUGCCAUCGACGGCCGAUCCACCUCGGAAGAAGGAUGGCAAGAAUAAACAAAGCGAAAGCACCAAGAGAAGAGCCACCAUGAACAGUCGCGGCGCGUAUGACGAAGACGAAAUGCUACGGCGAGCCAUUGAAGAGAGCAGAGAGAUGGGUCCCUUGGGAAAGCGUACCCGGGAUGAUUCAGAAGAUCAAAGAGGGAAAAACAAACGUCAACGGACAGGGUCGAACUCAUCCUCGACCAUGUCUAAGCGGAGUGAAUCGCCUGAUCCGGCUGGAGACGAUACGGCCAGCAAAGGGACUGCUGCUGGCAGGCUUGCUUCACUCAAACUUCGAGGGGCCGCUGCACGAAACAAUCGAGAGAAAGAACUACGAGACAAACAGAAAGAACAGCAAGCAGUGCAACGUGCCGAGGCUGCCAACAAACGAAAUGCUCGGUCCGAACGCAGAAGAGGAGAAGACUCCCCCCCUGCUACCCCCAGCCUCUCCCCGUCCAAGAUGGCUCAGGUCAACGGCAAAGCGAAAGCUGAUACACCUCCUUCGGGACGAUCCAAUACCACUCGGAGAACGGGCAGACCGACUGCGAGAAGGGGAAGACUUGGAAGAAACCAAUACACUCGAGACCACGGCAAUGGCGACGAAGGAGGGACUCCUGCGAGAGACGGCUCGCACGAUAUCAAUGGUCAUGGUGUAUCACCGCCAGGAAUGAAUGGAAUCCAUGGUGAAAGCGGACGCAGCUCCAAGGCCAAGACACAUCCCGCACGAACAAGUUUGAAUGAGAUGAAGCGACGUGUUGCGGCGAUUCUGGAAUUUGUCGGACAUAUGCAAACCGAAAAAGCAGCACCUUCCCAUCAGUCAAGCGGGAGUGCAAGUUCCAAGGGAACCAGCACGCCCACUGGGGUCAAAGGGUCGAUACAUCUCCCCACGUCCAGUUUGGUUCGCGCUGUGGAAGCUGGGCUGAAGGAAGCUCACUCGCAGGAGGAACAGGGUUCACUUGGCGUCAUUGAUGACAAGGAUUUUGGCAAUAUGGGCAGUGUCGAAAUGAUGGAAGCACUGACGAAGGAGUUGGUGCAAUGGCAGACCAUCUUUGGGGUAUACUCGAGAUGA